AUGAAAGCAUUGGUCGUCGCUGAGGGCAAGACGGCAAAGGUUCAGGAUGUAGAUGUGCCAAAACCCAACCAAGGAGAAAUCCUGGUCAAAACUCACUACGUCGCUCAAAACCCAACGGACUGGAAGAACAUGCUAUCCAUCCUGGAACCCGUACCUCCUGGUCGGAUACUAGGCUGUGACUUUGCCGGUACCGUGCAAGACCCCAACGGCUCCCAUUGGCGAGAGGGACAGCGUGUCGCUGGUUUCGUCUUUGGAGCAUCUGACAAUCCGCCUCGAGGAGCAUUUGCAGAAUACCUCGUCACCGAAGCAACCUUAGUCUACCCAAUCCCGGAUAAUGUAUCCUACCAAGAUGCCGCCGUGAUCCCACUCGCCUUUGCAACCGCCGUACAAGCCAUGUUCGGGAGAUUAAAACUACCUGAGCCGAGCCAGCCGGCCAAGAGCGUCUUUCCCUUCCUUGUCAACGGGGGAACGACAAGCGUGGGCCAGUACGCUAUCCAACUAGGAAAACUAGCUGGCGCCUUCGUUAUCGCUACCGGAUCUUCCCAGCAUCACGAGUGGCUGAAGUCGCUAGGUGCCGAUGCCGUCAUCGACUAUAAGGACCCCAAUUGGCCUGAGAACGUUCAAAACCUCACGCACGAUAGGCUUGAGUUUGCUUUCGAUUGCAUCAGCGAGAACGGCACGGUAGAGGCCGUUGCCAAGACUAUAUCUUCAACCAAGGGCGGCCACAUCGUCACCACUCUCCCCGUGGACAAGAUCAGGGAUAAGAUCGAGAACAAGAAGGUCAAGCUGGAGAGUACCAUCGUCUACACCGUGUUCGGGCGUCCUGUUAAAUACGGCAACUUUGACAAUUGCGGAGAGACAACUCCGCAGGACAAAGCAUUAUGGGAGAAGUACUUGGCUAUGCUCCCGGAAUUGCUGUCUAGCGGUAAAAUCAAGCCUAAUAGGUGGAGAGAGCUAGGUGGCUUAGAUAGCAUACCGACUGGCUUCCAAGAGCAUCUAGAGGGUAAGGUCAGGACCGAGAAGCUAGUUUAUAAGAUCGCAUAG